GGGCGUUACACAGGACGUGUUCUUACUUGAUGCAUCUCUUGGACUUUGCGUCGUGUCGCAUCUCGCUGAGCGUUUUUAAAUACUGCGCAUCAAGUAAAAAGAACAUUUCAAAUUUGUUUCCACUUGAAACAUUUCAGUAGCAUUUUUCAACCGCUUAACGACGCGUGAGUAUGUAAACAUCUCAUACUAAAGUCCCCCACCGGUACUCUUUCAGUUCCUCUUUGGUUUACAUAUAACUUUAAACCCGCCUCAGAAAGCCACCAGCAGCUGCACUUCCACUUUACUGAUCUAAACUGUGUCUGUGAGCGUCUGAAGAGCUCUGAAUCCCGCAUCAUCCAGCAUGUCUCUCCCGCAACAGCUGCGCGAUGAAAGUGAUUUCGACCAGCUUCCAGACAACAUCCCGGUCACCGCCACCAUUGCUGAUAUUGAGGAGAAGAAAGGUUUCAUUGUUUACUAUAGGUUCGUGAUUGAGGUGAAGACCAAAGGCAACAGUAAAUACCUGAUCUACAGAAGGUAUCGUCAGUUCUUCGCUCUGCACCAGAAUUUGGAGCUUAAAUACUCAGCUGAAGCCCAGCUGGGAUACUACACCUGCCAACUACCUACUCUGCCAGGUAAGGUGUUUAUGGGAAACAAAAAGGAGAUCGCAGAGAGCAGAAUCCCAGAGCUCAACAAUUACAUGAAGAGGUUGCUUUGUCUGCCUACCUGGGUACUCUUGGACGAUCUGAUACGGAUGUUUUUCUACCAGACCGAGUUGGACAGCCAACAGGUCCCCCGGGCCCUGCGCCGCCUGCGGCCCCCCACACGCAAAGUAAAAACCGUAAAGCCCAAAACGGACCUUCUCUCCGCACCCAGAGCAGAGGCGGUGUUUGACUUCAGCGGCAGCGGACGCCUGGAGCUCAGUCUGAAGGCUGGAGAUGUGAUCUUCCUCCUGCGGAGAGUCAACGCAGACUGGCUGGAGGGCACAGUGAGGGACAAAACUGGAAUCUUUCCCGAGUCAUUUGUGAACAUUAUUAAACCUCUUCCCGAGAGUGACACUAACGAAGAGGGUGGAGCUUCCAAGAGUGGGAAUCGUGCUCAGAGUUCAUACAGCUGCCUGCGCUGCUAUCUGCUGCAGCCCGAGGGCAUCGACACAAGGGACAUUUGUGUUGAGGAAGAUCUCUCCAUUCAGCCGUCUUACAAAGAUCUGCUGUCCCAAAUGAGGGACGUCUUUCAAGUGGAAGAUAUUGCUUUGAACUACAGGGACCCUGAGGGCGAUCUGAUACGGAUAUUAGACGAUGAAGACGUCGCUCUCAUGGUGCAAGAGAGCAAACAGACGGGGUCAAAGGUCAAACGACCCGUGAAUCAGUUUCCCUGGGAGCUGCUGGUCACACAUGCCAAAGAUCUGACCGUCUACAACACCGAGUAUUAAAACGACUGCUUUUCUGGACCUCGACAUGUUCCUCGUAAUUUCAGAAUCAUUGCACAUUGAUUGUUAGUUUAAUUGGUUUUCAAAUUGAAAACAGUUUUUUAGUUAUUAAAGGGAUAGUUCACCCAAAAAUGUCAAUUUUUGUCAUUAUUUACUCACCCUUGAAUCGUUGAUGGCUUUUGAGGCAGAUUUAGUUGGUCCAGUUCACAAAAUCGGUCUGACAGAGUCAUUUAUGAAUCAAAGUGAUUCGGUUCUUAGUUCACUGAUUCACUGAUCUGGCAACCACGGAUCACAGAUAGCUGGAAGGGAAGAUAAUCAAUGAAUAAUAACAACUUAAUUUUCCAAAAAAAUUAUUAAAUGACCUCAGACCAGUUAUCAUUAAUAUACUAGUAUGCAGUUCAUAGAGAGUUAGAGUUAGAUUAAUUUUUUCAUGUAAAUUUGAUUAAUUUUUAUUUAACAGUUUUAGUUUAUUUACUUUUAGUUGUUUUAGUAUUUCAAUUUAAACUAAACCAAAAUAGGAAAUGUAGCCUUAACAACUAAAUAAAAAUGUUUGUGUUUUCUUGUAUUUUAUAUCUUGUAUGUUAUUAUUAAUUUUUUAUUUUAUUAUUUAUUUAUUUUUUUAAUUUUUUUUUUAUUGUUUGUUUGUUUGUUUGUUUAGCUUUAGUUGUUUCAGUAUUUCAAGUUAAACUAAACAGACAUAAGAAAUGUAGCCCUGGCAACUACCUGAAUUUUAUUUUAUUUUAUAAAAUAUUUUUUUCACUUUAUUUCAAGUAACAAGAACAUUAUUAUGUUUUUAAUUUUAGUUGUAAUUAGCUAUAAUAACCCUGUCUCAGAUUAUUACAAUAAAGCAUACAAGUCAUAUGUAAAUAAGACAUUUUUGUGGUCUUUUUGAAGUUAUAAACCCCCAGUUUCUGUUUAUUGUUGUUGACCAGCAGAAGGUGGAUAUAAAGAUGAGUAAUUAAUGACAAAAUUGUAUUUUCUGGGUGUCUAAUUCUUCAAUUCAACCAGUAUUUCACAGUGGAAUCUAUUGCUGAAUAUAUUUUAGAAAUUUUCAGUGCUAAUAAAUAAUGAUUUUCCUCUGUA